AUGGAAAUUGCAAAGAGUUCAGAUCAUUCCUCGAUACUGAAAGGACCCUUCCUUCUAGCGGCAGAAUUGGGGGUUUGCGAAGUUGUGGAAAAGAUUAUGGAAACAUAUCCUGAUGCAAUUUGGUUUACAAAUGAAAAUAAUCACAAUAUACUCCAUUUGGCAGUUAUGAAUCGUCAAAAGAAGGUAUUACGCCUCAUAUGUGGUAGGAGUGGUUAUAAACACAUGUUAUUACGGUCUCGAGACAUUGACAAGAACAAUAUCUUGCACUUAGCUGGAAAACCCAAAAGUCAAUCGAAUCAGCUUCCAAGUGCAGCUCUUGAUAUGCAGCAUGAGUUACAGUGGUUUAAGAAAGUAGAGAAAAGGGUGCCGCCCGACUAUCGAUUGGAAAAAAAUUCGGAAGGAAAAACUCCAAGAAUGGUAUUUAUUGAGGAACAUAAAGAACUCAUAAAAGAAGGUGAGGAAUGGAUAAAAGGUGCAGCAUCUUCAUGCUCACUAGCAGCAUCAUUCAUUGCCACAAUAGUAUUUGCAGCAGCAAUCACUAUACCAGGUGAUUACAACGAUGAUGGCCACCCAAAUUUGUACGAACAGACAGCCUUCACAAUCUUUAGUAUUUUUAAUUCAUUCUGUUUUUUCACAUCAAUUGGGGCCAUCAUAAUGUUCGUAUCCAUCCUCACUUCACGCUAUGGAGAAGAAGAUUUUCUUUUUUCCCUGCCCAAGCAGUUAACGUGGUGCUAUGUUAUGUUGUUCUACUCUAUAGCAUCUCUGAUGAUAGCGUUUUGUGCCACUCUUUAUCUGGUGUUUCGUGAAAGAAACUCAAACUGGGUACUUUCUUUAGUGGUUGGAGUACCUAUAGUGCCUCUCUGCUUGUUUGUGUCUGCGAAAUAUUCCCUCUUAUGCGAGUUGAUUAUGUCAACAUUUUCCUUCAGCAUUUCGCGCAAGCUAAAAAGAUGGUAUAAGAUUGUUGCGAAAUUGAGAACAAGAUCAAGGGUUAGUAGCAACUAA